AAUGAUGAGAAUAGCUAUGGAUUUGGGAGUCCGGCGCCGGCAGAGUAUUUAAAGAGACAUCAUAGGCAUGAAACCGGAGAGAAUCAGUGUAGAUCAGCUCUUGUUAAGCUCAUCAAAGCUCCUGUCCCUCUGGUUUGGUCUUUGGUGAGAAUAUUUGAUCAACCCCAGAAGUAUAAACCUUUUGUGAGCCGGUGUGUGGCACGAGGAGACCUUGAGAUCGGGAGUCUUAGAGAAGUUGAUGUCAAGUCCCGGCUUCCGGCGACUACAAGUACCGAAAGACUGGAAUUCCUUGAUGAUGACGAGCAUAUCUUAAGCAUGAGGAUUAUUGGUGGGGAUCGCAUACUUCAGGUUUCUCUUUUUUAUUCUCUAUCCUUUGCCAUAUAUCUCCUUUAA